AUGUCACCCUUGUUAGUCUUCGCUCAGGCUGUGCUGGCCUCGCUGCCACUCUCUCCUGAAAUCCUUGAGGUCACAGUUGAAAGUAUCACCGUUAAGAAAUUGCAGAAAAAGGGAACUCAACUUCGAUUUGUAUGCGCUGAAGAUGUGUUCGAUGUGAUCGAGGCUAUUCAUCGUGCAAGUGGACAUGGAGGUAGACUAUUGUCUUUAGGGAAACAAGUGAAAAAUAUGCCAAUGUUUCAAGAUCCCAAAUUGAAUUAUAUUUACAGUUCUGUCGACUUGAUCGAUAUACAGAGCCAGCCAGAUGGAAAACAUCGUUACAUUCUGAACUACCAGGAUCACUUAACGAAAAUGGUGUGUCUUCGGGCUCUACAGACGAAAACUGCUGAAGAGGUUGCUCUUCACCUCGUUGAUAUAUUCUGUGACAAAGGAGCCCCCCAUAUCCUGCAGUCUGACAAUGGAAGAGAAUUCUCAAAUAAGGGCUCGGUGGAACGUGCCAACAGGCAUCUUGAAGCAAUUUUCGCAUGUUGGAUGAAGGACAACAACUCUCCACAAUGGUCACAGGGACAGAAAAAUACCCGCUUUCACUCCGGAAUUGGAAGGACACCAUAUGAGGCCAUGUGUGGAUAG